CCGCAGAGCAGAGGGCCAGCGGGCGAGGGGAGGCCAGGCCCGUCCUGCUGCCGGUGCCAGGCGCCCGAGUCGCUGCCCGCUGCCGUGCCCGGAGCCCCGGUCCCAGGAGAAGGAGCGGCGUCUCCAUGCGACGCGCCCACCGCCCACGGGACUUCUGAACAUUCAAGGUCGGACACGGCUUGGAAGCAGCAGCCGUCCCGUUCGCUUGUCCUUGGACUCGAAACGCCUUUGACCUCGGGAGCGGAAGAUGAGGUUGCCAUGGGAACUGCUGGUCUUGCAAUCCUUCGUGCUGUGCCUUGCAGAUGAGCACACGCUGCACGGCCCGGUUUUUGUUCAGGAACCAAGCCAUGUCGUGUUCCCCUUGGACUCCGAGGAGAAGAGAGUGAAGCUCAGCUGCCAGGCCCGAGGGAACCCCAAGCCGCACAUCAGGUGGAGGUUAAAUGGAACAGAUGUCGACGUAGGUAUGGAUUUCCGCUACAGUGUCGUUGAAGGCAGCUUGUUGAUCAAUAACCCCAAUAAAACCCAGGACUCGGGAGCGUACCAGUGCGUAGCCACCAACGCCUUUGGAACGGUGGUCAGCAGAGAAGCGAGGCUCCAGUUUGCUUAUCUGGAGAACUUCAAGACGAGGACACGGAGCACGGUGUCGGUCCGCCAAGGUCAGGGGAUGGUGCUGCUGUGCGGGCCGCCCGCCCACUCCGGAGGGCUGAGCUACGCCUGGAUCUUCAACGAGUACCCGUCCCACCAGGACAACCGCCGCUUCGUCUCCCAGGAGACCGGGAACCUGUACAUCGCCAAGGUGGAGGCGUCGGACGUGGGCAACUACACCUGCGUGGUCACAACACGGUGACCAGGCCACAGGGUGCUGGGCCCCCCCACCCCGCUGAUCCUGAGGAGCGACGGGGUGAUGGGCGAGUAUGAGCCCAAAAUCGAGGUGCAGUUCCCAGACACGGUCCCCACGGCCAAGGGUGCCACGGCCAGGCUGGAGUGCUUCGCCCUGGGCAACCCGGUGCCCACGAUCACCUGGAGGCGAGCGGACGGGAAGCCGCUGGCGAGGAAGGCCCGGAGACACAAGUCCAGCGGGGUCCUGGAGAUCCCCAACUUCCAGCAGGAGGACGCGGGCCCGUACGAGUGCGUGGCCGAGAACUCCAGGGGCAGGAACGUGGCCAGGGGGCAGCUGACUUUCUACGCUCAGCCUAAUUGGAUCCAGAAAAUAAACGAUGUCCACGUGGCCAUGGAAGAAAACGUCUUCUGGGAGUGCAGGGCCAGCGGCCGGCCCAGGCCCACGUACCGGUGGCUGAAAAACGGCGACCCGCUGCUCGCUCGGGCCGGAGUGCACAUCGAGCAGGGCACGCUCAACCUCACGGCGGCCAGCCUGUCGGACGCCGGCAUGUACCAGUGCGUGGCGGAGAACCGGCACGGGGCGGUCUACUCCAGCGCGGAGCUGAGCGUCGUAGCGGCGGGCCCCGACUUUUCAAGAACCCUCCUGAAAAGGGUGACCCUGGUCAGAGUGGGGGGCGACGCGGUCAUCGAGUGCAAGCCGGAAGCCGCGCCGAAGCCCACCUACACCUGGAGGAAGGGGCGGGACGUGUUGAGAGAGAGCGAGAGAGUUACUGUUUCUGAAGACGGCAGCCUCCGAAUCGUCAACGUGACGAAAGCCGACGCCGGGAGCUACACCUGCGUGGCCACCAACCACUUCGGCACGGCGAGCAGCACCGGGAGCCUGGCCGUGAAAGACCCCACCAGGCUGACCGUGCCCCCCGCCAGCAUGGACGUCACGGUCGGGGAGAGCAUCGUCCUCACCUGCCAAGUGAGCCAUGACCCCUCACUGGACAUCGCAUUCACCUGGCGGUUCAACGGGCGGCUGGUCGACUUCGACAGGGAUGGGGACCACUUCGAGAGGGUCGGAGGGGACUCGGCGGGCGACCUGAUGAUCCGCAACAUCCAGCUCAGGCACGCCGGCAAGUACGUGUGCGCCGUGCAGACCAGCGUGGACCAGCUGUCCGCGGCCGCCAGCCUGAUGGUCAGAGGUCCCCCAGGCCCCCCCGAGGCCGUGACCGUCGAUGAAAUCACGGACACCACCGCCCAGCUGUCCUGGAGACCCGGGCCCGACAACCACAGCCCCGUCACCGUGUACGCCAUCCAAGCCAGGACCCCGUUCUCCGUGGGCUGGCAGGCCGUCAGCACAGUCCCCGAAGUCAUCGACGGGAAGACGUUCACGGCGACCGUGGCCGGCUUAAACCCCUGGGUGGAGUACGAGUUCCGUGCGGUGGCAGCCAACGCCAUCGGCAUCGGGGAGCCCAGCCAGCCCUCCGAGAAGCGGCGGACCGAGGAGGCCCUCCCCGAGGUCACCCCAGCUAACGUCAGCGGCGGAGGCGGCAGCAAGUCGGAGCUGGUCAUCACCUGGGAGACAGUGCCCGAGGAGCUGCAGAACGGGCGGGGCUUCGGCUACGUGGUGGCCUUCCGGCCCUACGGCACCGGCACCUGGAUGCUGACGGUGCUGGCCUCGGCUGACGCCUGCAGAUACGUCUUCCGCAACGAGAGCGUGCGCCCCUUCGCCCCCUUCGAGGUCCGCGUGGGCACCUACAACAGCAAGGGCGAGGGCCCCUUCAGCCCCGUGACGGUGGUGUACUCCGCGGAGGAAGAACCCACCAAACCUCCCGCCAACCUCUUCGCCAGAAGUCUGUCUGCGACCGACAUCGAAGUGUUCUGGGCCUCCCCCGCGGAGAAGAACAGAGGACGGAUCCAGGGCUAUGAGGUCAAAUACUGGAGACACGAAGACAAGGAGGAGAACGCCAGGAAAAUACGGACACCCGGGAACCAGACGUCGGCAAAAAUCACCAACUUGCAAGGCAGCGCGCUGUACCACGUGGCCGUCAAGGCCUACAACACGGCCGGGGCCGGGCCCUCCAGCGCCGCCGUCAACGUGACCACCCGGAAGCCUCCGCCCAGUCAGCCCCCCGGAAACAUCGUGUGGAACUCGUCCGACUCCAAGAUUGUCCUCAACUGGGACCGCGUGACGGCGCUGGGAAACGAGUCGGAGGUGAAGGGCUACAAGGUCCUGUACAGGUGGAGCAGACACGGCGGCACGUCCGUCGUGGAGACGAACGGGACGUCAGUGGAGCUCGCCCUGCCGCUGGACCAGGACUGCAUCGUGGAGAUCAGGCCCUUCAGCGACGGGGGCGACGGCAGCGCCAGCGAGCAGAUCCGAAUCCCAAAGAGGACAGACGCCUACGCCCGGGGCGCGGGGCCCUCCACCUCCAACGCCUGCGCGCUGUCCGCCCUCAGCACCAUCAUGCUGUCGCUCACGGCCAGGUCCAGCUUGUGACGGAUGCUGCCGCGGCACCG